AUGGGCGCCGGUAGCUCCAAACCCGAAGGUUCGACUGGCUCGAAACAUGUUUUCACCAGCAACGCUCCCAUCCAAUUCUCCUCUAACCUCGUCGAGGCCCUCCAGACCAACACCGAGACCGACUCCUCCCGCGCCAAGAGCCUGGAGCUCCAGAUCCAAGCCCGCGUAGCCCAGGAACUCGAGCGCCUCCGCGAACGCGAGCAGCAAACCCUCGCCGAAAUCGAAAAGCGCCUGGCAGAAGUCAAAGACAGCGCCCCGGCCGCCCCCUCAUCAUCACCAAACAUCACCUACCCAGCGGGCUCGCUGAACCUAGACGCGCCGCGCAUCCCCUUCGCGGGCCGCGAGUACGAGUCUACCCCUGCACCCACUGCCGCCGCCGACCAGCCCAUCAACCGCGAUCUUAGCCGGGAGUCGGUGAAUGCGGAGAUUGAGCAGCUGCGCGCUAAGCUUGAGGGACGGCGGAAGCUCGUCGAGGUGGAUGAGAGUGUUGAGCGGGCGCGGAACGAGGUUGUGACCUGUUUGCGGUUGCACGAUAGACGGCCGUUGGAUUGUUGGAAGGAGGUUGAGGGCUUCAAGAGGGAGGUUGCCAGGCUUGAGGAGGCGUUUGUGGACCGUGUUGUCGGUUGA